CCUGUUUCUUUCAUUGUUCAUUGAGUAUUUUCAUGCAACAUGGCCUCUGUGUGUCCGGUGGCAGCCUGCGUGGACGUAUCGUGAAAUGCCACUGUUGUUGUUAGCUUCUUUUGAGCUGACGUCAGCCGGCAGCCGUGUGUGUGUGCGAGCUAAGUAUGCUAAGCUAAGCUAAGGUAGCCGCAGACGUUUGAGCUCCAAGGUCGAGGAGAGCAUGUCUGCAUCCGAUGUCGCUUCGGGGCUGAUUGCGGAUCCGCACCCCGGCUUUUGGAGCCGCAGGACCCGGGGAUUUGUGUUUCGUUUGGGUAAAUAAGAUGAUAAAGGAGCACGGCGACCUGUUUUCUGACUCCCAGUGUAACGUCUGCAGCGCCGUCCUAAUUUCUGAAUCUCAGAAGUUGACUCAUUAUCAGAGCAAGAAACAUGCCAACAAAGUUCGGCGUUAUCUUUCCAUCCAGAACGAGAAGGAGCCGGCCUCUAAAAAAUUAAAGACGUUACAAUCUGACAGCGACUGUAACAACGGAGACACAGAUCGGUUGAAGGUGUGUCACGUAUGUAACAUGACCUUCUCUGCUCCAGUGGUGGCCGAGUCUCACUAUCAGGGCAAAGUUCACGCCAAGAACCUGAGGCUGAAAACAGUCGGACCUCAGACCCCAGCAGUAGCCCCCCAAACCGCACCAGCAGCUCAGCCCAAGAAGGUCCCGGCAGAGGACUCGAGCGGCGCUCCAGCCACGGACGACAACAACAACCCGGACCGUUUCUGCUCCAUCUGCCAGGCGUCCUUCAACAACCCGCUCAUGGCCCAGCAGCACUACGUGGGCAAGAAGCAUAGGAAACAGAUGACCAAGCUAAAACUGAUGGAGACGUACGGCCCCUCCACGGCGCCAGCUUCCACACUAAACGGCUACCCAUGCACCAUCUGCAACAUCGAACUCAACUCCGUGGAUCAGUACCAGUCUCACAUCAGCGGUGCCAAACAUAAGAACCAAGUGAAGAAGUCUGGCCUGACCACAGCAGAGAACAAACACCCAGCAGAACAGUCAUCGUACGCGAGCGACAGCCAGUUCACCGCGGCGGACGUCAAGUUCGUCCCGGAGACCAAGCAGUUUGGCGCCGGGGACAAACCGUUCGACGCCGGAGACGGCCAGUACGCAGCCGGAGAGGACACGCAGUACUCAGAGCUGUACCAGUACACUUGAGGCUGGACUUGGAGUUGACUGUAGAGGUCAGGACUUGGAAUGACACACAACAACCAGCCCCCUUUAAACAUAUUAACAAAGCAUCAGCCUCCACGAAACCUUCAGCUCCUGUCUUUCCUGAGUAGGACCUCAGCUUUCAACCCUGGAACACCCCACCACCGUGAUGUUUCCAUCCGGAGAAUGUCUUUUAUGUUAUUUUUUUAAAUUUUAUUUUAUUUAAUUUUUUCCUGCUUUUGAUGUGAAAACCUGGUCUCCAUUCUCACGUACAUUAGAGCUGGCCUUCAUGAGGAAUUUAUCAAUACUUGAGCUGAUUAACACCACAAAACCAACAAAGAGGCUUUCAAACGCUGCUCACAAGAACAGGCAGAAACGGGCAAAAGUAAUAAAUAAAGCAUUUAAUCUAAGAGUUAACACGCCUACGAUCCAGUACCAAAAAAAAAAGCAUUGAGGUUUGAAAUGCAUUGGCUUCUAAAAGGAGGAAAAAUGGAUUUCUGUCAAGCUAACCUCUGUCAGUGAACGCUGCGAAGCUACGAAGCUACGAAGCUAAGCCGCUUGCUAGUUGUCGUCUCAGUUGAGUCGUAGCUGGUGAAUGUAUUUAUUGGAUCAUGUCCUCGGUCGGUUUCUCCUUUCUGAACGUGGCGUUGACGCAGCCAUCGGAUCAAACUCGCGUUGAAGUUGAUAUUUUUAUUUGAAUGUUCCGAGAACCAAGUUUUCAACUGUUCACGUGUUUUUAAUUUUAAUUUAACUCCCCCAUCGACAUGUUUAAAUCACUGACGACCACGAGUGGUUUUUGGUUUCAGAAGAUAUUUCUAAUGUGUCUGCAAGCAGGGGGAGAUUUUAAUACUUCAACAACUACAUGAAUGUGUUAAGUUUGUGCAGGUUUGUUUCAAACUGACUAAAACAUUGGCUCUUACACAGCUGGUGGUUAAAAAUAUAAGCUUUUUUUUUUUUUUUUUGUACUGUUUUCUUCCUGGUUUGCUGAAGGGUGAACCUUUUUGGAUUACUGUCCAGACCGAGGUUUCUAAACUCCGUAGAGACUGAUAGAUGCUUUCUGAGCUGCUGUCGAUACCAGAGAUUAUAAUAUUUACUGGGAGAAAGACUGAUGUCAAAAUAGAAAGUGAUGUCAAUUUAAGAAUAACAUUUCUUUUUUUAGUCUGUUCUGUUUCAUGUUUUAGUAUUGAAUGUCGUCAACUUUCCGGCUAAUGAAAGUAUUUCUUUUUUUCUUUUUUUUUUUGGGAUGAAACUCUUACAAAGAGGGCUCAUGAAUACUGUACAGUGCAUCAGUUUAAAAAACAGAAAACAGAAAACGAAUGGCCUUUUUCUUUGUUUUUGCGCCCUCAUCGUUUGUGUGCUAGCUGUUUUUGUGGUUUAUUUUUCGAUAUAAGUUAUGUGUCGUUGAGGGGGGACAAAUGCUGCGAAGAUGUGCAUAAAGUAGAGCAAUGUUUUAAGAGA